AUAAGAACUCAGCUGUUCUCCAAAGAUAAACUAUUGGUACUUGAAAUUUCGUUCAACCAACUCUAAAAGAAACAAGAAAGCGAGUUGAUAUAAAAGUGGUAAAAUAGGCAAAUGGAGUUUUGUGCAAAUAUCCGUGAAUUUUUGCCAAGAUAUGAUGAAAUUAAAAAAAUAUUACGAAAUGGACCAGAAGCGGAUAGUAUUUUGCGCAUGGCCAUUGCAGACGUUGAGGACAAAAAUGCAACGCCUGGGUUUAACGAGGAAGUGUACUACCUUGUCAACAGCCUAGCGGACAAUUAUUGGGAGCGCAUACACACAGGUCACUUUAGUGCUGUACCACUUGAAGUGCGUAAAAUCUAUGCUUUAGCCAAUUAUUUCAAAAUUUUUUACCUACUUAGCGAAAGUGUUUCCCAACCGCAACUAAUGCGAUGCUCUGAAGUACUUGAUGAGGCUAUACUUAUUGGAUGCACUCACGGGUUAUAUGUGAAUAGUGAUGAUUUUCAAGCCCAACUAACGAGCCAUAUUAGCAAAUCCUUAGAAGAUUAUCCAAGCAGUGAUCUUCCCAUUAUAGAAGAGCUUAAACGUGAACAAUGCAAGUGUGAUAUACCAGUUUUAGAUUGCCCUUCAGUUGAAGAUUUUCGCACAAAAUGCUUUAUGACGCAACAACCCGCAUUGCUGCUCAACACAAUCGCCCAUUGGCCAGCUAUGCAGAAAUGGCGCAAUCUCAACUACCUACAUAAAUUAGCCGGUAACCGAACAGUCCCUAUUGAAAUUGGUGCCAUUUACACGGCAGAUGAGUGGUCUCAGCAGCUAGUAAAAAUACAAGAUUUUCUACGCCGCCAGUUCACUCAAAAUAGUAGUAAAGAAAUAGAAUAUUUAGCACAGCAUGAGCUCUUCGACCAAAUACCCGCACUUAAAGCAGACAUACGUGUACCAGAUUAUUGUACUUUGCGUUCCAAUAAGAAUUGUACAAACGUAGAGAAUGUGUCUAUUAAAGCUUGGCUGGGUCCUAAAAAUACCAUAUCACCGUUGCAUUAUGAUCCUGAACACAAUUUACUAUGUCAAGUUUUUGGCAAAAAGCAAAUUAUUUUGGCGGCACCGACUGAUACUCCAAAGUUGUAUGCACAUGAUUCGGAGAUGCUUUGUAAUACCUCGCAAUUGGACGCAACUCGUCUAGACUUUGACCGCUUCCCGCUAGCAGCAGAAGUAUCCUUUUAUAAUGUUACUUUGCAAGCAGGCGAUUGCCUCUACAUACCACCGAAAUGGUGGCAUUAUGUACGUGCUGAGAGCGAGAGCUUUUCUGUUAGUUUCUGGUGGUCAUAAGCAUAGAAAUAAAAUAUGUUUAUUGUGGCAAACUUAUAUUUGAAUCCGAUUAUAGCAACAAAUAUAAAAUAAUGCAUAUUUGUUCCUUGGGUAUCUGCUACAAAUUAUUUACUAAAGAUUUAACAUUUUGUGAUAGUAUUUUAUCGUUAUCAAUACUCAAAAUAUUUCAGUUGCAAACAAAGAAAUUAAUUCAAUUUUGCCAACGAAAAUGUGGAGAUUCAAAAUACUAAAGCACUUAAGGAGUUAUAUACAGUUAGAAUUGUCAAAAAAUCGAUUUUUUUUAUUUUUUUGCUUAAUUUACAUAUAUUUAAGAAUACACAUAGAAAAUUUAAUAUCGUUCCGGUGAAUAUUUUCGAAGUUACAUGCAAAUUUAAAAAGGCGUUUCAGUGCAAGGCAAACUUUAAACGCGUUUUUCUCAGCUAUUUUCAACCGAUUAGUCUCAAAUUUUAACACGAGCAUCUUAAAUAUAUAUUUUAGUAAUUAAUUAAAGAUUUUUUCUCACCGAUAAAAAUAAUUUUUUUUAUAAACAAUUUAAGGCCUAAAUUUUGGUCAAAAUUCGAUUUUUUUUUUUUUUUUUGAGAAACCGCCUUUUUGUCAAAAAAAAUGUAUGUUGAUUAUUACUUCAAUUUAACAUUACUUUCACGAAAUCUGUUUGGUUUUUUAAUUUCAGAGAAUCCAGUUCAGAGAUAUAGUGGUCACGUCUUUUUUGCGACGAGAUCACGGAGAUCAGCUCUAGCUCCUUUCCAAAUAAAUAUUUUUACCAAUACUUAGUAUUAAAAUACAAUUAAAAGAUAACAUAAUAGGUGUACAAAUUUUUAGAUCAAUAAAUUAAAAAGUUUUCCCAGAAAAACUUCUGGAAAAUUCGCUUUUUUUUUGGCCUUCUAACUGUAUGUAACCCCUUAAAAUAUAUAAAACGUAAAGUUAUGCAUUGGCAUGAAAAAAACGUAUUUGUUCUUCAGUAGACAUUACUUAACUGUUUCAUACAUACAUAUAUGUACAUACAUAAUGUCUUUAAAAAUUAGCUGAUGUGUACUAAGCAGUGAAUCAUCACCGCACAAAACGUUUUAUCUGGCAGAAAAAUACAGACAGCUGGUUUGAUAUGCAUAAGUGCAAGGGUUGAUUACUAGUGUAUGUUACUCAUCAAGAAUUUUGGCAAACUUUUAAGUUAUAAUAUUAUAUAAAAUUUAUUAUAAUCAAAAUGUAGCACUCUAUU